GGCAAUCCAUAACUAUCCCUCAACGCACACAGAGUUCCCUCCCCUAUGUUGGCUGAUGGCAAGUUCUCCACCGGUGUCUGCUCCCGGAGCCGACGGGCAAACACAGGUGACAGCACGGAAAGGGAAUAGUCAGCGUCUGGAGGAGUUGUGUUUGUUGCUCUUCAGGCGUCGAGCAGGUCUUCGGUGCCCGACUCUGGACAGAGUAAGACGACGCGCACACACACACGCACGCACGGGCAAUACGUCUGCCUGUCUGUCUGUCUGUCUGUCUUCGGUUUGCAUCUGACCCUCUCCACCUCCGCUAAUCAGCUGCCACACAUCAUGACGCAAGCGACUUCGAGACUCACUUAGAGAAGACAGAUGUAUGUGCCAUCUGGCAGGCCCGCACGUCGCGUGUAUGUAUGUGUGUGUGAGUGUGUGUGUGUGUAUGUGUAUGUGUGUGCAUCGGUGGCAGGCGCUGCUUCGUCGUAACGAAGAAUAUCUCAUCGCCCUCGACGAAUCGCAAGACCGAUUUGCCCAGUGGGUGCUCGACGGAUUCGAUCACCAGUCUCAGUGUGUGUAUGUGUGUGCGUGUUCGUGUGUCUAGGAGCUCUCUCGGCCGCGUACUGAGGUUCCUCUCAAUAUGGGAGCCCCAUUACACCGGGGCUUUGGCUAGGUCCCGCUGUCGCGAAGACCAGCCGUGCAGGCACAAGACCUGUAGGGCGUGUCGAGGUGAGGUGCCUUACAGUCGAGUACCGACGAGCCAUGCGGGCGCGGACACAAGGCAGCAGAGUGAUGAGCAGGGUGUGACAGACGAGCGAGAACAAGGUCUCCGUGCUCGACUGAUGCGCGAGGACAAGUGAGUAAUCAACGCUCCAACGUGCUUCGUUUUUUACGGAGUGCCGGGUCAGCCCUGCUCAAGAGAGACAGGCAGGCAGUGGAUCGGGGAGGGCGGGAGGGCGAGUGAGUACAGUGAGUGCCCCUAGCCGGCCGGCCGGACAGGACAGCUCAGUCCGGGCAUUUAUUGGCCUGGGGAGUGGGACUGACGACUGACUGACUCAUACAUAUCCGUCUGGGUGUCAACCUUCAUAUCAUCGACGAUACGGCUUGUCCAUCCUCUAACUUAGAGCGACGUGUACAAUGAUUGUCGGCCCAUGACCCACCCCUUUCAGUCUUGCCCACUAGGCGCCGCACAUGCGAG